AACCUAAGACCCAAUCCUGAUCAGACUAGUCAAAUGGCCAGUACUUCAACUGAUCUCAAGCUCAUCUUCGUCUGCUUCAUCCUCCUUUCAACCAUCAUACCCCAUGCUCUUUCAGCCUCCGACGAAUGCAAGUUGUCACAGUCCAGCUCUUGCAAUGACAAGGCAAAAGCCUUGCCCCUCAAGAUCAUAGCUAUUGUCUCCAUCCUUGUUACCAGCAUGAUUGGCGUCUGCUUACCCCUUUUUACACGUUCAAUCCCAGCCUUACAGCCCGAUCGAAAUCUGUUUUUGAUCGUCAAGUCCUUUGCUGCCGGCAUCAUACUUGCUACCGGGUUCAUGCACGUUUUACCUGAUUCUUUCGAUAUGUUAUGGUCUGAUUGUUUGAAAGAAAACCCAUGGCAUAAGUUCCCUUUUUCAGGCUUUCUGGCUAUGUUGUCUGCAAUAGCGACUCUCAUGGUGGAUUCACUCGCCACCAGUCUUUACACCAGGAAAUGUAACACCGGAGUUAUCCCGGAUGGCAGUAUUUCUGUCGAGGGAGACCAAGAGAUGCAGGCUGCGGUGAGCUCCGGCCAGCAUGUCCAUUCUCACCAGCUUCAUCAUGGAGUACUGAAGGCUGAAAGUGGAGAUAACUCUCAACUUUUACGUUAUCGUGUUGUUGCCAUGGUACUAGAAUUGGGAAUAGUUGUUCAUUCAGUAGUGAUAGGGCUAUCACUGGGUGCCUCAAACAACACCUGCUCAAUAAAAGGUCUCGUGGCUGCCCUUUGCUUCCAUCAAAUGUUUGAAGGGAUGGGUCUCGGGGGCUGCAUUCUCCAGGCAGAGUACAAGUUGUUGAAAAAGGCUUUAAUGGUGUUCUUCUUCUCCGUGACAACUCCAUUCGGAAUUGGCUUGGGGAUGGCGCUGUCGAAGACGUACAAAGAGAAUAGCCCCAACGCUUUGGUCACGGUGGGGCUCCUGAAUGCAUCAUCGGCUGGCCUCUUGAUCUACAUGGCUUUGGUCGAUCUUCUUGCUGCAGAUUUUAUGGGUCCAAAGAUGCAGGCUAACAUCAAGCUCCAACUUAAGUCUUACGUGGCGGUUCUUUUGGGUGCUGGGGGCAUGUCUGUGAUGGCAAAAUGGGCUUGAUGAUCGAAACAUAGUUAUCCAGCUAGCUCAGCUAGCUAGUAAUUAAUUAUAUAUGGAUCUUGGAAUUAAUUAAUGUAAUAAUUAAACUGGAAAGUUAACUACUUUGGACUUUGUAGAAUAAACCAUGAUGUUUUGUUUGUUGUCACGACUGAUCAUGUAUAGGAUUGUUUAAAUAAACUAUAUAUCUGAUUU